AGGACGUGAGUUCUCUACGUAAGUUUUUGUCAAUAUUUCGAGAUUCUUUUCAAGAUUUAAGCUAAAUCAAAAUAUCAUUUCUUGCUAUUGACACAUUGCCAUGACUAACUCUAAGGGUUACAGACGUGGCACGAGAGACUUGUUCUCUCGCAAAUUCCGUAAACAUGGAACCAUUCCCUUAUCCACGUACAUGAAAACGUACAAAGUGGGCGAUAUUGUUGAUAUUAAGGGAAAUGGUGCUGUACAAAAGGGUAUGCCUUAUAAAGUCUAUCACGGCAAAACUGGUCGCGUGUUCAACGUGACUGCGCACGCCCUGGGAGUCAUCGUGAACAAGAGAGUGCGUGGACGUAUCAUUGCCAAGAGGAUCAAUGUUCGCAUCGAGCAUCUGAGCCAUUCAAAGUGUAGGGAUGAUUUCCUCAAACGCGUUAAAGAGAACGAGAGACUCAGGAAGGAGGCAAAGGAGAAAAAUGUUCGCGUUCAGCUUAAACGACAACCGGCCGAACCAUCUAAAGCGCAUAUCGUGUCAGGACGUGAAGCGCCAAUCUUACUUGCACCAGUUCCCUAUGAAUUUAUUGCUUAAAAUAUUGAAUAAACUAUAAAAUUUUUAAAAGAAAAA